UUCCAAAAAUUAUGGACAGAAAAGUAACCAAAUUCUUUCUGCAAGAAAAAUUGGAAACUGAAAAUUAAAUGAAAGCUUUUAAUGCAGUUCAGAAAACCGGACAAUCUAUAAAAUAAACCCAGAUUUUUCCUUUUUUUUAAACAUUUACCACAAACCUCCAAUUAUGGAAGAAUAUCCGAAACAAAAUCCGUCGCAGAGGACCUGGGCAUUCGCUAAUAAAAAAUUUGAAAAAUCGCCCACGACUAACAAGUACAGAAGGCGCAAGGCAUAAAGAUCUAGAAAGAAACAAAUAUGAUCUUUAGAUGCCAUUCGUCUUUGACUGUUGACAAAAUAUAGAAGUCUGUCUCGUGCUGCAUGCUUUCGUAAUUUAAUUACGAAAUUACGAAAAUCGUAAUUUAAUUACGAAAACCCAGUACUAACUGAUAGAAAUUCUGACACCCCAUGACGCAUUUAUUUGCGCUUGAGCUCCAUUACGAUCUUCGACUUCAGGCUUGAGCUUCUAUUUUCAAGAAAAUGGAGUUUCACAGCGCUUCAAGGCAGAAUGGGACGAAUGUGGACUACAUUUCUGAUGCAGAUCGAGUUAAGAUAGUGUCCAUGAGACACGUUAUUGAAAAAGAGGACCCCGCCUCUAAGGUUGCAGAUGAUGCUACACUUCGGCGGUUCUUAUAUGCUCGGGAAUCCAAUGUACAAAAUGCUUCUGAGUUAUAUCUCAAGUAUAGCAAAUGGAGACAAACUUUUGUACCCCAUGGCUAUAUCUCAGAAACUGUGAUCACAAAUGAGCUUAAGAAGAACUUGGCCUGUAUGCAAGGUUUUGACAAAGAAGGAAGGCCAAUAGCAGUUGUUAUUUUAAAUAGGCAUAAACCCUGCUACAAUGCUCUAGAAGAGUUAAAACGUUACUUUGUAUAUAGUUUCGAUAAAAUGUCUUCUAGUACAUCAAGAGAACAAGAAAAGUUUGCCAUCAUAGCGGAUCUUGAAGGAUGGUCAUACAAACAUGUGGACAUUCGUGGAUACCUUGCAAUCCUUGAAAUCUUGCAGAGUUACUAUCCAGAGCGGUUAGGGAAGCUGUACAUUAUUCAUCUUCCAUAUAUAUUCUGGGCAGCAUGGAACAUGGUAUAUCCUUUUAUUGACAAAAGAACACGAGAAAAGGUAGUAUUAGUUGAGAAGAAGGAUAUAAGAACAACUCUGUUGAAUGAUAUUGAUGAAAGUCAACUGCCUGAAAUCUAUGGAGGCGAUUUGCCCUUAGUACCAAUUCAGGAUGCCGUUGUACCAAAUGUACCUCCGAACUAAAGAAGACAUGUAAAGGCUUGACAGUAUCUGGUGUCAGGAUGUUCUUAACUUUUCGCUUUGUACCAGAGAUGCCAAUGAUAGCUGGUAUCUAAGUUCUUAUCCCAUAAUAAGAAGUUUCCAGUUGUACUAUACUUAUAGAUGUCAACUGAUUGGUGUACAUCCCCAUUUGUUGAAUCUAUAUCUGAGCACCUUCCGCAUAUCAUUGUUGACAUCUCAGACCAAAAAUGAUCAAAUAUCAUUUUUUUUGUGUAAGGUAUCAUUUUGAUAUGUGAUGGUUAUCAAGGUGUAUAAUGAAUAAUCUACAAAUUCUGUCUCCUAAAUAGAUAGCCAAAGACAAAAAAGUGGUAGAAGGGAAUAAAUAAUUAUAUAAAGCAUCGAUUGCAUCCAUAACUUUUGAGAGGAAAUUAUUUAGAACAUGGAAUGAAAAUAUUUGUAUC